CAGCCCUAGUCCAAUCCAACUACCCAAAGAACUGUCGCCUUAACGGCGUCAUAUAUUUCCAUUUUUCCUUCCUUUUAUUUAUAUUUUGCUAAUAAAUUUUAGAUGGAUAAUGAUAAUUAUGGUUUAAGGGUCGUUAAGGCGUCAUCGUAUCCAGGAAAUGGUACGUGUGUAUGGUGGCGCAGACCAAACCGAUUCCUCAAACCUCUCCGGGCGAAGGAGGAAUAACGAAAACAAGAGUUUAUUGUUAAAAGGAGGAAUAGCAAAGCAGUUUUCUUAUCAAAGUGGAGGAAUAGAUCAUUUCCAUCAGGAGGGCUUAUGGAAAGUGGAGGGAAGCAGAGAUCUGACGUGUCGUAUGCCCUUUACCACUUCUCCACCAGUGGUGCAGCGGUUGCUGUUGCCACCGCCGUCACCCAUCCUCUAGAUGUUCUCAAAGUUAGACUUCAGAUGCAGCUUGCCGGCCAAAGAGGAAAUUUGGUUGGGAUGGGAGAACUUUCUGCACAAAUAAUAAAAAGUGAAGGGCCUCGAGCACUAUAUUUGGGCCUUGGACCUGCAUUGACUAGGUCUGUCCUUUACGGAGGUCUUCGGUUAGGCUUAUAUGAGCCUUGCAAAUAUAUUUGUGACUACAUGUUUGGGUCAACUAAUUUCCUUGUAAAGGUUGCAUCUGGAGCAUUUUCUGGUGCGAUAGCAACUUCCUUGACCAAUCCAACGGAAGUUUUAAAGGUGAGGUUGCAAAUGAACUCAAACGCCAGAAGGGGCCCUAUUAGAGAGAUGCAUAAAAUCGUGUCAAAGGAGGGCAUAAGAGCACUUUGGAAGGGUGUUGGCCCAGCAAUGGCCAGAGCUGGUUGUUUGACUGCAUCACAGAUGGCAACAUAUGAUGAAUCCAAGGAGAUAACUUCAUUUACUUUUCUCCGAUUCAGGCCUUGCUCAAAUGGACACCCCUUGAAGAAGCUCAAGUUGCAUAGCUGGAACAGUCGGAAGCCUUGUAACAGCACCAAUGGACAUGAUCAAAACCCGCCUUAUGUUGCAACAAGAAUCCAGGAGUGUCAGAAGUUACAGAAAUGGAUUCCAUUGUGCUUACCAGGUUGUGUUUACAGAGGGCUUCAGAGCACUUUAUAAAGGAGACAGGCCUAAGUCCUAUGUGCAAAAACUGGCCUAACUGUUUGCAAGACUACUUGUAAAGUGGCUGCGUGAGGACUAAUCAUCUGAUGCCAGUUAAUGAAAGAACUGGGUGUGAAGUUCCCCUGCAUUGGUUUAUUCAGCUGCAAAGAGGCAAAAAAUGGUCACCCAUUUGGCAUUUGAUGCCAUCUGGAACUUUGAGAUUCAUGGUGAAGCAUGAUUUUUAUUUAUAUGAACCCAAUGGCAGAACCAUUAAAUAUUGUCUUUCAGAAAUGUAAGUACUAUUUUCUGUGGAUCAGUAGCGGUAAAAGCUUACUCUUUGCACUUCAUGGCAGAGCUUAUCCUUACCCAACCUAAGCUAGUUAAUCCUUUUGCCGCCUUAAUUUAUUCAUAAGCCAUGCAUUGUCUACUUUCUUUUGAGCUUUCAUUUAUCCUUGAUGGGCACGAAAACAUGCAUUCUGUUAUAUACGAUCAGCAAAUAUUGCUGCCCGAAUGCUCUAUGUUUAAGAAAUCUCUAAAGAAACUGUUGCUUGAAUAAAUUUGUCUUCCAGGAACAUAUGACAUUCAGCUGGGAAACUUAAACGAAGAAUUUGUGCCUCUGAAUACUUAUGUAAUGGUUUCUUUUGCAUCCAUUUUUUGUGUAUCAGAGGUUUUGCUACCUUUGCAAGAUUAGGUCCCCAGACCACAAUCACAUUCAUUGUCUGCGAGAAGCUACGGGAACUUGCUGGAAUGAAGGCCAUCUAAUUGUGGUGGAUAUUCCAAGUUAAUGGACUGCCAUUUUCCGAAUGCGAGCUCGUUGAUAUGUUCCAACAAGCAAUGCCGCCAUUCCUUCUGUGAUUGCAUUCAGAGGCUACACCAGAUCUAUCACAGAUGCAUGGCGUUAAUCGUACUUGAAUAGUGGUCUUUCCUUUACCAAUUUGGUUUGUAAUUUAUAUUGCAUUAUCUGAUUUGAUCAUUCAACUUGAGUUGUUAAUUGUACAUGGCAUUCAUCAUUCCGAGGAAAUAAAAAAUGAAUUCAGCUGUUAUGACGUC